CAGUCGUAUCGGCUGAUAGUCAGAUUCAAGUCACAUGGAGGGUCGAGGAUGUGCGGCCUUCGAAGCUGUAAUUGGCCAAGCUGGAGAUGUUGACGACGAAGCCGCAGCGGUGCUCAACACUAUGAUUCGAGCUCCGACCACCAACCACUUCCCUCUAUGUCACCAUCUUGAUUUGCUGUCGAUGAAGAAAAACGACAACAGAAAAAUGAGGCGGAGGAUGAGAGACGGGUUCUUGCAAAGAGCUCCGGCGAAGGAUGAAGUGAUCGACAAUGAACUCGAUUUGGCGGUGCGUCGCCGCUAUUGCGGUUGUUGUGAAGAAGAGAGAGCUUUGAUAUAGUAGAGUUGUUGAGGAAGCAGAGAGUGGGGGAGAAAAUAUGAAUUCGUUGCUUUUGAGAUUUUAAUUUGUGAUAUUUUGUCAAUUUACCCUUUUACCUUGUUGUUACUAUAACAACAAUUCUAGUGUUGUUAUACUAUCCGCACCCCGUAUUCAUCUAUGAAUGCUAGAGCAAGAUCUUUCCAUGCUCUACACGUUCUAGGAGGGCGAGAAUCGAGCCACGUGUUCACCCUUCCUCAAAAAGUGAGAAGGGAAAACGACGUAGCUUAAUCACACUAUCUAGGUCUCCUUCACGAAUUACGAAGUCAUAAAUCUCCAAAAAGUUCUUUGCAUGGGUCACGUGAUUUUCCUCGUCCCGCCCAUCGAACUGCCCCUGGGAUCGAGUUUGAAAUUCCGUCAAUUGUCGGCCUGACGAUGCAUGAGGGGAUGUUAGAUGCUCUUGGUUUGGUGGAGUCGCCUAAUAUGCAACAUCGGGUAAUCAUUGAAGUAAUUCCCUGUAAAACACAGACAAAUGAAUAAUUUUGAAAAGC